AUGGACACGACCGAGCCGCGGCGCGGGGCUUCAGAGGAGGCUGAUCGAGACCCUACCUACAGCCCCGCGUCCUCAGAGCAUCCGCAAGAACUCCCCGAUGACCUACCUAAGUCGCUGGACGAUCGCCGGUCGGUGCCAGUAUUCCACGAGACCGAGAUGUACGAUGCGUGGCAGGCCGUCUUGCGGGCCUCUCGGUCCUACCUAGACUGGUGGCAUACCAGUCCGAAUUACUAUAUGACAGAGGCUAAAUCACGAUACGAAUUGCUAGGACAAUCACAAUUCCUCACGACCCCAGUCGCCGCGAAACCGCUGAGUUUUAGUCUCGCGCUCGACGACCACAUGCACGAUUCUGAGACCGACCUACGAGCUCGUGACCUGGAAGAUAGCGAUGCCCGACUGAUGGAGAUGCUUGCGGCACAGGCUGCGCAUCGCGAAGUGGACUCCCUCGGCACCGACGAGGAAAAUAUCGCGGCAGACGAGAAAUUGACAGUUGCGGAGAAGCGGGAUAUCUUGCAGAAGAGUCUCAACAUGGCCGCCAGCAACGGUGAUGUCGAGCGCGUGCGGAAGCUGGUGGAUGGGCCGGCGAAGAGCUAUGUUGAUGUGAAUAUGCCGGAUGAGGAGGGCACAGUACCCUUGAUCUACGCUAGUUGUUUUGGCCAUCAAGACGUUGUUUCCGCACUUCUCGACGCUGGUGCUUUUGUUGACCAGCAGGAUCGUAAUCAGUGGAGCGCGCUGAUGUGGGCCAUGACCAACAGACACAAGACGAUUGCAAAGAUUCUUCUGGACCAUGGCGCCUCGCCGGAUAUAAAGUCAUCCUCAGGUGGUACGGCGUUCGACUUUGCGCAGCCGGGCAGUGAGAUCUCGGAGUAUUUACAUGAGAACGGAUAUACCUUUGGAGCCGCUGGUGUUGAGCAUGAUUUCUAUGAUGCCGGACUCGCACAUGGUCGAUUCGAGGAGGAGCUCGCGGAAAACGAGAUGAAGCGUCGUAUGAUGAUGGAAGAAAGCGCAAUUAACCUGGAAGUGGAUCUGUCAAGUCUUGGUCUGGACGAGAAAUUCGAGCCAUCGGAUGAUGAAGAUCUGGACGAGGAACAACAAGAAUUCGUCUGGGACAGAUGUCUCAACGAUCAGAUGUUUGUGUUCCAAGAUCACGAAUUGGAGCGUAUUCUGGAUAUGAUUAUCACCAACAUGACUCCACAGCGAUCUCCGUCCCAAAAACCUGUUCCAGCCAAUCUCCUCUUCCUCAGUGCGCGUUAUGCACACUAUCAUGCCAGCCCUGAGCUUCUCACAAUUCUCCUUCAUUCUGCCACGGACAAGAUCAACGACGUGGUGGAGCGUUACCAAUGGGAUAUGACCAUGCAAGCGUUCUGGCUGUCCAAUGCGACUUUAUUGCUUCAUUAUCUCAAAAAGGAUGCUGGGCUGGUGGAAGCCACCGUACAGUUCCAGCUCCACUUGGCGGAGCUUAUCAAUGAGAUCUUCGUGCUCAUAAUUCGCGAUGCCGAGCGACGAAUGAACAAAGUCCUAGAUGCGGCAAUGCUGGACCAUGAAACCAUCCCUGGACUGGAAGAUAUUGCAUUCCAAAACGAGUGGAAGCUGUUCCGAAAGAAGAAGUCGGAGGCCCCCGAGCCCGCAGAGAAGCGAUUCCGGCCUCCCUCCCUCGCCGGCGUGCGCAAAUCUCGCCUCGCAAUAUUACCUCGCUCCUCUCGUCGACUCUCUUCGUCCUUGACCUCUACGAUUGCGGAGAUUUUCAACCGCAUCAUGAGCACGAGACGAUACUUGGCGCGGACGAAGGCAAUGCAGAUUCGCAUGAAUGUUUCCACCUUGGAGGAUUGGGCCCGCACCAACAAUCGUCAACCGGAACAUUAUGAGAAUGGAUCGUUGACAACCACCGGAGAGACCACGGUGGAUGCUGCCCGCCGACACCUGGCUCCGGUCAUCCAGCUUCUUCAAUGGCUGCAAUGUUUCUCCUCACUUGGCGAGGACCACGAGUCUCUUGUGACGACUCUCCUGCAGCUCCAACAGCUCACCCCGAUCCAGCUCUUGCAUGCUGUCAAGUCCUACAGACCUGAAGUUGGCGAAAAGGGCCUGACAAAGCAAGCGAUGAGGUUCCUUCUGGACCUACAGCGUGAUCCCGAACUUAUGUAUCGGGAACAAUUCAGAAUCCAGGAAGAGAAGGCGAGGGCCGAUGCCGGCCCUAUCGCCCCUUCAACUAUCGAAACCAGCCCGAAGACGCCCACGAAGGAAAAGCCCAAGGAAGACGUUACAUCACAAGCCCCUGGAACUCCCGAUCCCGGGGCGGCAUCCCCGGGCUCAGUCGCUGUACCAUCAAGACCUAAUAGCAUGUCCGGCCCAUAUCAUAGCGACGAGCGCCCCGGCAGAGACAAUGUGUUCCUCGAUCCCACUUUCUUCCUCCCUUUCUCCCUACCCACAAGCACAGACAUGCUCAUCAGCUACGGCGCCGGACUGGGCGGAACCAACCGCGAGCGCGCACGCAAGUAUAUUCCUACAGUUCCUCCAGAGGUGCUCACUCGAUUAGACCGUGGUGCCGAGAUAUGA